UCCCUGCAGCUGGGGGCAGCCUCGGUCCUGCCAUGGCCGGCGCGCUUCCCGCGGGGCUCCGAGAGAGCCUCCCUUGCCCGGCGGCGCCCAUCCCGCUGCCGCCCCCCUCGCCCGGCGGCCGGCCGGACCCCGCCGUGGCGCUCACCCCGGAGCGGACAGGCAGGGCGGCCGGCGGCGGCGGCAUCCUGCGGCGGGGAUGGCAGGAGAAGCCGGGCCCCAGAAACGUCCGCUUUGGGACGGUCGAGCAGAGAGAGAAGCAACCGGGAGUUGCCGGCCUCCCUGGGGACCCCCAGGGAGUUUCCCGCACGGUGAGGAAGGAGCCCCGGGGAGCCAAUACUGCCCCCCACCAGCUGGGGGCUCCGCUGCCCCACAGCAGCCUGGCCCUGGAGGCGGAGGUGCGGGCCACGCGCAAGCAGCCCUUCGACGCCCGGCAGGCAGCAGAGCAACUGGUGCAGCGCUCCUUCGUGGCCCGGUGCACCGCGGAAGCUUGCGUGGGCGAGGGGCUGAACAUCCCGCGGGAGCAGCAACUCUACCGGGGCCUCAUCAGCCUGCAGGUGCCGGCUGACCAAGUGCUCAACUCCGCCGUGCAGGAGAGACUCGCCCUCGUCCAGUAUCACCCCGCCCCCGGGGACAGAAAGGAGGCGGCCGCCAAGAAAGGACCCGACCUGAUGGCCUUUUACCGGCCGGGGGAGCUGUUCACAGAGACCCCCGCCUUGGAGGUGGGGGGGCUGCCCCCCAUGAAGCUCCAGGCCCAGAAGCGCCCCCCAGACACCACUUUCCUCAUGCACCGGAAGCUGCAGCAGUGGGCCAGCUGAGGCUGGAAGCGGGUGCUGGGCACGGAAGACUGCUGGUUCUUGACACACAAGCAUCUCUGCGCACGCACGCACACAAUCACACACACAAAAACACACAGAGUGGCCGUCUCUACAUAAACUCUUUAA